AUGGCCGGAGCCGUCGAGUGGUCUCGAAAUGCCGCGGAUGCGGAUUCCGAGCAAUUCGCGGUCGAGGCACAACUAAGGUUCAGCCAGCAAUCGGAUCCCGAUGGCUUGCUUAAGGUGCCCCGGCACUACAUCCCGGUCUUCGUCCUUCACAUGUUCUGCAAGUCGGAACGGUCUAGGCCAUUCGUAUUACCAGACUCGGAACGGGUAGCAAAGAUAAAGGCUCAGCUAACUGCUCAACGAAAGUUGACCUCUACAUGCCCAAGCUGGCAGUUGGUUUCCAAAGGAAACGAAAUUCUGGACGACGAGACAUUCAUCAUCUUCGAUACUCGAUCCAAACGAUUCGAUAAACGCCACUGGUCAGAAUGUUUCAAAUACGACGAACCCUAUCAGAAAUUCUUCGAAAAGUUUACCAUGAAGGAGUUCACAAGGGAAGGGUGGAAGUUUCAAAAGUUCGAAAAGCUUCAGAGGGUUGAUCAGGGAAUCAUGACUGGCAUGUGGACGAAUGCCUAUAAAGUCUACGAUGCCAUGGAUGCUAGGCGGCAGGAAUCCUCAGAUAUCAUUAGGCUCAAGAGAAGCGAUGUCUGGGAUUUCCGUAAAUAUCUGUUUCUCAUGACAUUUCUGAGGAACAGGGACCGAAAUACUCACUUGCUGCAAACAUCUGAAGCUAUGGGCGAAGCAAAGGAGAAAAGAACUGCUUUCAUGGCUGUUCAUAAUCUCAACCAUCCAAGAGAUUUAUGGCUCCACAACGCUGCUGUUAUCCUCGACACACCCCACCAUCAGAUCAGUUACAAUAAGUUUCUUUUCGACCUUGACCAGGAGGAUUAUCGUACGAAUGCCCGUGAACGCUUCAUGGUAUUCUGGGAAGCCGGUCCGAACGACGAGUUCAUACUUACCGAUAACAGCUUUGGCGGAAUGGAAAUCGGACGUCUGGAAGCUAAGCAUACCAUGCCCAAGAGACUCAAGCCCUCGGAUCUUCAGAAGCGGUUGUACAGCAGAGACUACAUGUGGCAUCAGAUCUUUGUGUUGUCACCCAAACUUGCUGUUGCAUUGUGUCACGGCACAAUGAUCAACCAGUCGCUGGCCCACCAACACCGAGAUCGAUAUGGUCUACGGCCUUCUCUGCUUGAUAGGUUACCACAUCCCCUCCCACAAAGUUAUUACAAGGACAUGCACCUUAAGGAAUGCAAGUUCCUCAAGCCAGAAUGGAAGAUACCAGAUGAAGUUGAGGACCUCUUUGGAAGACCAGCCGAUAAGGGCAAAUUCGUCGCCAACCUCGAUGCAAAAGCCAAUAGCGAUCUCGAGUUUAUGGUUUCUACUCUUUCUUCCGCACAAGUUGCACUCGUCAAUAUGGUCCUGCUCCAAAACCAAAGCAUCUCCACCGCCGUGGAUAAAGUUGUUUACAGGAACCCCGCCGCCCUCUACCGAGCUAUCGAGGAGUAUGGCAAGCACGACUGGCCUAUCUUUAUGGACGAGAAGCAACACAGCUACAAGUCUCUGAAGAAGAAAAUCUACAACCAGUUCAAUAAGCCAGGCAGUGGUAAUGAGUCUUCCAGAUCCAGCUCUGGUUCCUCCGACCAGGGUACGAGGUCAUCCGGGUCUUCGUCUACUAGAAGAUCAGAAAAGAAGGUUGUCUUUGAGGAACGGAAGAAACCCACACCAGAGCCACCAAAACCAACCAAGAAGCCAGAGAGUGCCAACCCUUUCAUGUCUGAUUCUGAAUCAAGUGAUGAUGAUGAUGAUGACCUUGCAUUCCCGUCCUCUACUCAUGAGCCUGUCCUUCGUUCGCGUUCCCCGUCUCCUAUCCGCAGAACAGAGUCCCCAGUCAAGAAGCAAGAACCAGUAGCUCCUCCAAAACCAGCAGAGAUCAAGAUUGAGAUCGAGCCGGUUAAGCCUACUCUUGCAGCUGUUACCCCACCCGUGACUUCAGAAUAUCCCAGUCAGAGAGCAACACCUUCUCCAAGGCCGACACCUUCCCCAGAACCGCCAAAGUCGGUGCCGCCGCCGCCGCAACCACCAACCGCAGCAGUCGAAGCUGCCGCUGAGAAGGCUAUCGCUGAAAAGUUGGAGAAAGUCAAGGCUGAAGAGCUCGAACGAUUUGAGAAGGAAAUGGCAGAGAAGGAGAGAGCACUCGAAGAAGAAAUGGCGCAAAAGGAAAGGAUACUUAUGAAGGAGACAGAGGCAAUUGAGAAGCUUCGCAGGGAGAGGCUUCAGUUGGAGGCAGAAAUUGAACAGAAACGGAGAGAUGAGCUCGAGGCUGUCCGUAUGCAAAGGCAGAAAUCGGAACGCUCAGGUAGGCCCGAUGAGAGGGGCGAUGACCGAAUCCGCGCUGCUAGCACCAAAUCAGCUGAGACUAGACGGCGUCCUCGAUCCAAGGACCGUGCCGAAGCUGAACUAGUGGAUGUUGGCAAACAGCUUGCUCUCUUGGAGGUGGAACGAGAGAAGAUGAGGAAAGAGAAGCUAGAGUUGGAAGAAAUGCAACACCGAAGGCGAAGGGAAGAGGAGAAGGAGAAUCAAAAGAAGUUCGAUCGUAUGGCAAAAGACUUGGCGAUGCUCCAGAGACAACUUGAGGUCUACGAAACGCAGCUUGAGGAGGAACGACACGAGAAAGAGAUGGUUAGGCGAAUGGCGGCUCAGCAGAAAGAAAAGGCGGAUGCCCUCACUCGACAGACCCGAGAACUCCUUGAAGCCCAGGAACGUGAUCAGACAAGGGCAGAGGUUGAGCGUGCCGCCCGUGUCGAAAAGGAUCGCCUUGAAAAGGUCGAGAAGGACAAGCGCGAACUCGAGAAAGCCAAGGAGAGAGAACAGAAGAAACGCCAAGAGAGGGAACGAAUCAUGAAUGAGAAGGCUGAGCAGGAACGCCUGCAGCGUGAACGGGACAUGCAACUGGAGAGGGAGCGGGAAGCCGAGCGUGCUAAACGUCACCGAGAACGAGAACAAGAAAAGGCGGUGCGAGCCAAAAAUCGCCAGAGCCGUUACGAGGCGCACGAGAGGGGUUCCGACUUGAGCGACGAGGUUGAUCCGCAGGCUCUUUUCCGAAAAAAUCGUAUGAUACUUGGUGCUCUAUCUCCCACCUCUGACCCUGGAAUGCAUUUGCAGUACAAUGAAAUGACGCCGCCUUCAUCGAGUCAUUCCCACCCCGACCAAUUCGACGACCGCCGUUUCGAGCGUGAGAUGAGGUCCCAGUCCCCACCUGGUUACCAAUACCCUCCUUCUCCCAGGCGAGUCGAAACCUCUCCUGUACCAUUGACCACAAAUCAUCGACGUGGGACCCAACCAAAGCUCCUUGCCCUUGAAUACGAAUCUCCACCAUCAUCCGGUUUUCAGACUAGCCCUGAUUCUCCUAACCCGCCUCUUGAUCUCGCUUUGUACGCCCCUCCUAAGGAAAAAGCGAGCCGUCGAAAGGCUGAUCCUCGAGAUCGUGAUACAAAUCGGGACAUGCAUCCACAUGCACAUGGAAGAGCUCCGCAGCCGCAAGUUCGACGAUUCGAACCUCCAGCGCCACUUCCUAACUUCAACGACCUUGAUCGUAGGAUGAGUAAAAUCCCGACCCACCUACCGGAUUAUGCCACCAUUCACAACGGCGAUCGCUACCCAGAAGAUGAGUAUGAUGAAGAGGACUACGGCAAUGGGUAUGGCGAUGCCAUGGUGAGAUUUGACCGUACACCCAAGAAGAGGUUACAGAUUGAGCCGCCUCCAGCCAUCAAACCACAAUACCAGACCCGACAAAAACCUCCUCCCAGAGCUCUUCCACCUCCCGACUAUCGCAACGGCCGAUAG